AUGGUUCAAGUGACAGCCGACACAGGCCUGAUAGUAUGCCUGGGAGGCUUCCUUCUGAGCUCUUUCUUUCUUACGGUGACAUACAAAUACACAUUCGCUUUUGACCGACCCGUCACGACAGCUACACAAGUCUGCUUCUCAUUGGGUUUAUCCUUCCUGGCGGUUGGUCGCUUCGUCGCAUCGACAUCGCGACCUCCGUCGCCAACUGCGAAAAACUCCACCGGUGCUGCCAAUCAGUAUGAACUCUCGUCGCAAUGUUCAACAUUACCUGCUGUUGAUGCGCGCAGUUCUCCGUCGACCUCGCAACAUUUUUGGUGGAAGAUUGGAGGGCUACUUGGAUUUUUGGGGGUCCGGAUUGAGCUAUUCCGACGGGCGACGCUUCACAAUGAAUGCGCGCCAGCUGGAUAUGCCUAUGCGAUUCCCCUCGUCAUUGCCGUGUAUGAGCUCCUGCGAAGCCACGCCCCGGGCUCACAGGCUGGAUACACUGGACUUCAACCGUUCCACAAUUUAUCCUCCAACAUCGCAUUAUCGACUUGUCGAAGGAGCUUGUAUUCGCUCUCCCAUAGUCGAUGGAGGGGAGUUUUGGGAGCGUUCCUCGUCUCCGCAGGCGGGUACGCUGCUUCAUCACUGAGCUACGGCAGUCAAUCGUCGUACAUCUGCCCGAUUGUUCUCAAUGAAUCUACACAUAUGCAGAUUGUCAAACUAGGCAAUUUGAUACUGGAUUCGGCAAUUCUUAUCAGCCUAGCUGAGGUCUUUGAGGAGCCUCGCAGAAAGCGGACCUACAUCUCCCUUGGAGUUGGUCUUGUGGUACUCGCUGCAACCUGGACUAUUUUUGGGCACUAUGUGAACAACAGCCGCCCUGAACACAGUGCUGUGUCUCUUCUGGACACCAAAUACUUGCGAAGUGCACUUGGACAAGGGCUUUUAUGUGUGGUAUUUAUUCUUUCAGGCUGGCACAUCCUCCCUUACUUCGAAAUUGUCGGAUUAUCAAUUCUCGGAGGAUUUGUUUUCGUUUUUGUCUCGACACGCUCGACGCUAUUCUGGGAAGAUAUUCCCCUCCUUUACGUCUCCCAUUUGCACGCCUCGCUUCCAAUCGUCUUUUCUACGUUGGGCGCCGUAUGGUUUCUUGCGUCGAAGGUUCUCACGGCAGAAGAGACUAAGCCUGUGCAUCGCGCUAAUGUUGUGCUGCAAGGCCUAUUUAUUGUUUGCAGUGCAAUUAGUAUAGCUUCAAUCCUGACCAAGGACGGCUCUCACCAAACGCAUCCCAUCGACUCACUGAUAUAUGGAGGGAAAAUUCACUAUGACAACUACAUGUCACAGGCCAGCCUAAGCAAAACUUUAGCUGACGCUGUUCGCGGAUACCGGAGAAGAUAUCAACAGCAUCCCCCGCCAGGGUUUGAUAAGUGGUACGAAUUCGCGACGAACCGCUCUUCGGUGAUCAUCGACGAAUUUGAUCAGAUUCACGAGAAUCUCCUCCCAUUUCGAGCAGUCCAGCCUUCGCAGAUCCGGGAGAUGACUCACAAAUUAGCGACGAAUCCGUUCAAUGAUCUCGGAGCAAUCAGCAUUCGGAGCGGUCAGGUCAAAGUCCAAGAAAAUGUGAAGCCAACUCAUGCCUGGAUGGUGACGGGUGCGGCGCACAUGAUCGAAACAUUUGCCGAGCAUCUCCCGGACAUGGACAUCGUUCUCAAUCUUAACGACGAGCCACGGGUGGCAGUACCUUGGGAGAAAUUGAUGCAACUGAGGCGCACAAGCCGGAGUUGGGAGGUCGUCCCCAAUGAUGACUUGUUGAAUUGGUGGCCAGCUGAUCGGCACCUUGGCUGGACAUCAAUUCAGCCUGAUGAUCCAAUCAGCGAGGAUAUCUUCACAGACGGUGCAUGGCAAGGUGUGCUUGAUUCAUACGUCAGUGCAGUCUGUCCGCCCUCGUCUCCGGUGCGAACAAGGCGUGUAUGGAAUCGACGCGAUCUCUGCCUGAGCUGUGUAGCUCCGCAUACAGUAGGCCAGUUUCCAGUGGGAUUUCAUCAGGCUACGGAAAUAUGCCAUCAGCCAGAUCUCGGGUUUCUUCACGGGCUUUUGAUUUCCCCUGCAUCAUUCAAAGUAUCUCAAGAGCUCGUUCCAGUGUUUAGUCAGAGCGCGCUCUCUGGAUUCAGUGAUAUCCUAUACCCCAGUCCUUGGAACUACAUGGACAAAAUCACCCAUAGCCCGUCCGAGGAACAUCCGGAUUCCGAAUACCCAGAGAAGGAGAACUCUCUGUACUGGAUCGGCAGCACGUCCGAAGGCUAUAGUCGCUUCAAUGAGUGGAAGGGGAUGCCGAGACAACGAUUCUCUCAUUUGGUGAAUAACAACACUCAGGGUCGCGUCUCGGUUCUCCUCCCCGCCGAGUCUGGUCGAUACGAAUACCAAUCCAUGGGUGGCGACGCGCCUGCCCGGGAUUUGAACUUGCAGGCCAAUGUUCACAUUGCGACCCCGAUCACGCGCUGUGGCGACUGCGAUGUCCAGGACAAGGAGCUCGGUCCACACUCUUGGGUUGAUUUCCAGGCCCACUGGUCACAUCGCUUCCUUUUCGAUCUUGACGGAGCAGGAUUCAGUGGUCGCUUUCUUCCAUUUUUGCAAAGCCGCAGUCUCCCAUUUCGGACCGGUCUCUUCCGGCAAUGGUUCGAUUCACGCAUCAUCUCAUGGCAUCACUUUGUUCCUGUCGACAUUCGUCUUCACGGGCUUUGGAGCACAUUGGCUUAUUUCGCUGGCGCUUCCGGUCCAAAACCCACAGACCAGCAGGAGAGCAGGGAGCCGCCAGUUUUCAUGGAGCCUCAUUUGAAUGAAGGAUGGCGGAUAGCUGAACAGGGACGCGGAUGGGCAGAGACCGCACUUCGCAAAGAGGAUAUGGAGAUUUAUUUCUUCCGAUUGCUUCUGGAGUGGGGUCGCAUCACAGACGAUCAAAGAGAUGUGCUUGGGUUCAAGCUAUGA